GUCAAAAGGGCAGCAGACGAGUUGUGGAAGUUAGACUGUUGGAAAAUACAAACACCAAGUUCUACAAGAAAUGGAUAUUUACAGCUGCAUUGAUGAGCUUCCCUUAAACAUUUUUCUGAGAUUUGGUGUUAUCAGACAGCCAAUCAACAUUAACUUUGGCUUUGGAAUACCAAGUGUACAUAAACCUAACACCUCAAGUUAUGUUGUUGACAAGAACUGAUCAUGCUUUUCCCACACUUUCUCCAAAACCAAUGAACAAAUGACAAUGAGACCGCCAUUUUCUCUUCAUUUCAAAUGUACUUUUAAAAACAAUUGAACUGAUUCCAUAUGCUUGUAUUGGCUAUUAACUUAUUGGCCAUUCAUAGUUGUAAUAGCAUUUAUUUUUGUGCUCAGUAUUUUUACUGUGCAUUUUUUUUACCUUUAUCUGUCAAGAGAAUUGCAUAGAAUAUUAUUUAUUGCAUUAAAGAUACAGAAAGCCCCUAUUCAAGAGAAUGCCAUUUUGUUGACCCGGCUGUGCACUGAAAUGAUACACAUUUUCCCAAUGAUUGGAUGAUUUUAAGCGAUUCAUGGUUUACAACAUUAUAACAUCACUCAUAUGAAAGGAUAGUUUUAAGUAGAUCGCUCCCUCUACAGGUGAAAUCAGGCAAAACCGGGUUCAGUGGAAACGACAAAUGUUAUCUCCCCCUGAUUACAGGGCAUAGGGAGGAUUGUUGUGGUGACAUGGAGAAGCCGAAAUGUAACAUUGAUGUGUUAAUGGUUCUUUAUAUAUAAACAUACUAAUUAAUGGUUGUCUCGGAAUGGAAAUGUGGUUAGUUGUUUUUCUCUCAUAGGACAGUUAAAAAAUAAAAUAAAAAUAUCAUGAUUUACAUUACAGGAGGAGGAGGUUUUUGUCUCAUAGACUACAUGGUAUUUAUGGAGAGAAACGUAGUCAUUCAGAAACAAGAAUCUUGAUCGAGCAACUUAAAAGAUACAUUUUGUAACUCUUAUCACACAUGGUCUUUCCCUGGUAGUGAAUCGCUACAAUGUUACAUUGUUUAUUAACUUUGCAAAAUUAAAUGUAUUGAAGACACCAUCUGUAUUGUAACCUUGUCUCGGUUGUCCUUAAAAUGGACCAAAAAUAGACCUUUAAAAAUUGUUGUUAGUUAUAUUGACUUAAUGAUUCUGUGUUGCUCUUUAGCAAGAGUGUGUAUUUAGAGACAAUUUAAACAGUUGGAAAGGGGAUCGUUUUUGGGAUAGUUGGGAGUGUAAGUGGGCUGUGUACUUCAAGAGUUGCUGUCAGUGGAGUAUUUAUUCGCUAUAAAGUAAUCCCAGACUGCAUUCCUCUAAUGGUUUAUUGUGUGGUUGGAAACGGGUCCCAGUGGGCAGACGAUAGUAUAAAAACGGUAUAUGAAUCUAUAAAGUACAGAGUUCCAGGGAACAUUAUAAAACCGGGACCAACAGAAUGGAAAUGAUGGACUAGGUUUAGAAUAAUCAUCUAAAUGGAUUAACUUUACCUCAAAAUUGUAUUUUAUUUUCUUGGAUAGAGACCUGAAAUAUUAAAGAAGUUCUUUACCAUUUUCAUCCCAUGAGCUUACUGAAGAAAUAAGGGAAACCGAGAUAUAGUACUUGAAAAUAUCUUAGAACGGAUUUUCAAAUGGAUUACAUGCUGUUUCUUGUCUUGCUGACAACUGUGUCCUCCAUUGCCUUAAACAGGGAGGAAGCCAUGGUCUAUUUAAGGAACUAUGGCUACCUACACAUUCCACUGGACCAUAGUAAGAGCCAAAUGUAUCUGACUGAAGAAAUCACAGAGGCACUGAGAACCUUCCAGAAGGCAACUAACUUGGCCAUCUCAGGAACGUUCAAUGAGGCCACAUUAGAAAUGAUGAAACGACCUCGGUGUGGUGUUGAGGACUCCUUCAAUGACAAAACCCUCAAAUAUCGAGUCAUGGGUUCUACUUGGCGAAAGAAAAUUCUGACCUACCGCAUCUAUAACUACACCCCAGACUUGGGCCUGGCAAAAACACGUGCUGCCCUCAAGGCUGCGUUUAGGUACUGGAGAGAGGUGUCAACCCUGAGUUUCCAGGAGGUGCUGUUUCCAGGAAGAGCAGACAUCAAGAUCUCGUUUCAUAAGAAGGAUAGAUCUUGUCCGGUGCCCUUCGAUGGACCAGGGGGAGUGCUUGCCCACGCAGAUAACCCUGAAUCGGGCAUUGUGCAUUUUGACGAAGAUGAGCAGUGGACAGAGGGGACGACCACUGGCCAUAACCUGAGGAUUGUAGCAGCCCAUGAGAUUGGUCACGCCCUUGGCCUGGGUCACUCUCAGAACCACAAGGCUCUGAUGGGACCUGUCUACUCUGGUUACCGUGCCAACUUCAAACUACAUCCUGAUGACAUUCAUGGAAUCCAAGCUCUGUAUGGGAAGCCAGGCAAUCGUCCAACACUAUCCAGAAAGCCAAAUGAUUCGUCCCAAGAGGCAGGUUCGCCACAUCUUUGCAAGAGUGUCAUAGAUGCAAUUAUGUUAGGUCCUUUUCGCAAGACAUAUGUCUUCAGCGGUCAGUAUGUUUGGACAGUGUCUGACACUACUGGCUACAACACACCCAUCCUGAUCUCUGUGCUGUGGAAGGAUCUGCCAGGGAGCCUCAACGCAGCUGUUUACUCUCAGAGGACCAACAAGUCCUACUUCCUGAAAGGAGACAAAGUGUGGAGGUAUACCAGAUUCAAACUUGACGUUGGCUUUCCGAAACACUUGGCCAGCAUUCCUUCUAAUGUCGAUUCAGCCUUGUACUUCAACCGGAACAACAAAGUGAUCUUCUUCAAGGGUUCUCAGUAUUGGCAGUGGGAUGAAGCUGGGGCAACGGACUCCAGGACGUAUCCCAAACCGAUAUCACAUCUCUUCUCUGGGGUACCCUACAACCUGGAUGCAGCCUUCACAUGGACAAACGGCCAUAUAUACAUUUUCAAAGGGAACCAGUACUGGCGCAUCAACAACAACCAAGUUGUGGAUAAGGGCUACCCUCUCAGAACGAGUGAAAAAUGGAUGCAAUGUGAUAAAUAGGCCUUUAGAGGUCAGUGGUGUUUUAUUUCAAACUCACCGUUAUUCACCAAGUACAUUUACACACACCUAUAAUCAUUUGCCUUAGUGAGAAGGUGCUGCCAGUGAUAGACAAUAUACAAACAGAAUACAGACACUAGUCCACAUAGACAUCAUACAGAAUAUACAAUAUCGGAACAGUAAAUGGAAAACUCUGGUGCAUAGGCUGAUUACAGUGGAGAUGUAUCAUUUACAGAGGGGAUAUAUCUAUAAGCAGAGCGAGGGAUGCUGCCGUGGCAAAUGUAUACAGUGUUGUACAUAGUGCAGAUUAGUAUUUGAGGUCAUUGGCGACAAGGUGUAGUAAUCUGUCCAAUGCAAAGUCACUUCAUCCCUAUGAGCCCGAUGGCCGGUUGAUGAGGGCCACAGCAUGGGGGAAGAAGCUGUUUGAGACCGGACAAUGCGCUGCAGUUUGCCCUGGCCCUUUCCUCUCCAUUUCUAAUGUAAGACGUUAGCCUCCAGAACCAAAUUUUCACUCCAACACUAUACGGUAUGAAAGUCCCGCCUACUUCCUGGAUCAUGUCCCACCACAUUUGAAUGGCCUUCAAGAUUACAUCGUCAAAUUCAUGAAAAUACUGUUGUUUAAGAUACAGUUGAAGUCGGAAGUUUACAUACACCUUAGCCAAAUAGAUUUAAACUCAUUUUUUCACAAUUCCUGACAUUUAAUCCUAGUAAAGAUUCCCUGUUUUAGGUUGGUUAGGA